AUGCCCAAGAAGGUCAAGAGCAAGAGACCUGCGAACGACCAUGGCCAGGCCACAUCCACGAGCCACUUCAAUUACAACCCGCGAGCACCAGCCUGGCAAGAGUUUGAUCUUCUGGUACGACACAUGGGCUGGGCACGCAGAAGCGCUACAUACAGAGAUGCACGUACGGACUUCCGGAGAGCCCUGGUUAUGGACUUCAACUUCCGCUUCGGAACAGACGAGCAAAAGUUGGAAGCGUGGCAAAAUAUCUGUGAAAUUCUAGGGAUUCAGCCGCUGCCAGAGUCUAUUACAAAGUGCCGCCAGGCUAUCAAGAAGGUGAAGGUCAACAUCUGCGAUCUGCUGGAUUGUUUGCGCGCCGGCGACGAGGCUGAAGAGCUACGAACAUUCAGGACUGUGAAGCAGCUCCAAAAGUACAGCACAGCGAACAAAAAGAUCUUUCCGAAGGACGAAGCCAAAGCUGGUGGCUUGCUGAGGCACCUACUUCGGCUCUUCUACCCUCACAAGCAGGCCACCGACGAUACCACUUAG